UGAGUUUACAACAAAGUGUUGCCUUUGAAUGCAAACGGCACGUGGUAGACUUAACGCGCUAUAAUGAAAAAGGAAUCGAUUCUUGAGCUGUAACCCUGAAUCAAAAUUCAUGAAAUCACUUGGGGGGGGGGGGGGGGUGAAGUAUUCCACCCCAGAUAAACAUGGACUUUUUUUUAAGAAGUAAUGCACAUUUUCAUAUUUUUACAAAUGCCCAAAUUUGUCACUUAUGUAAUUCCAUGCGCAACCGCCAAUUUUACAUUAUUUUACACAUUUAAAAUGCGUCAAAUUAAACAAGCGGUUUAAUACAAAAUUAUUUAAGACUUUGUGGUAACUUUAUCGAAUCCUUGUUUAACAUUUUGGAACCUGAAAGCAAAUUUGAGCUUAACUUGACACGCAUGUCCGGUGUCCUGUUCAUGCUUGAGCGUUUGAUCGUGCUCAGCGACCCGUGUUGCGCGGCUAAGUUGGGACUAUGCAGCGGUGCUUUUUUAAUUCACCAAAAGUCACUCAAUGAAAUACAAUAAUUAACGGAGCACUAUUAAAAAUUAAAUGAAACAGUUAAACAGACGGUUAAGGGACAUCAACGUAAACCAAAUAGACAAACUGAAGACAAGUCCAAAUAUCGACACUGCACCCCCGUCAAUUGGCUGAGCCGGGUGAGUAAACCUGAGCGUCGCGCGUCUGAGUCGUGGAACACGCAAUGGUUGAGAACGCGAUGGUGACAAAAAAACUUUGACGGCACCAAGUCCGUCCGGAACAGCGUAUCGUUUGAGAAAGAUGCGCACACACAUCUAGAACAGCCAUGAUCAAUCCACUGCUGGAUGGAGAAAGGGCAUUACGUUUGUGUUUUUUUGGUUCGGUGUCCCACGAAAGAAUGAAGGUGGAGCGAGUCUGAAGAGUGCCGUGGAAGAGAGGAUGGGGAGAGCAUCCCUGCGGUAGAUGGCGUCGUCGUCCAGCAAGAGGCUGGAGGGUGGGGGGCGUUUUUCAAAGUCUCGGGCCAAAAAUAGGGGAGGAGGGAAAUUGAAAAAAACCCGUGGAGUUCGCUCGGCGCUUGGCUUUGUUCGUCUGCUGCUGCCCUCAACACCACCGCCUGCACUCACUCUCCUCUCUCUCCCUGGGUCCCGAGAACGCUGGGACGGACGCCUGGCCCCAGCCGCAACAAUGGGUCACUCGUCCUGGCCAGGCAGACAGAAGGGUGCCGGACAUCGGCUCUGCCUCCACCACCUCAUUCUCCUCAUCAGCACGUGCCUCCUGCAAGUCGGGAGUGAGUCCAGCGGCAGCAGCAACAACUCGUUAAGCGCAGAGACGUGGUUGCAGCAGUAUGGGUACCUUCCGGCGGGCGACCUGCAGAUGGCCACGUACCGCUCGGGACAGAUGCUGUCGGAGGCCGUGUCCUCCAUGCAGGCCUUCUACGGCAUCCCAGUCACCGGCACGAUGGAUGAGCUCACCAGGCAAUGGAUGCAGAAGCCACGGUGCGGAGUACCGGAUCGAUACGGGACCACCGUAACGGCCGGGUCUCGGCACAAGCGCUAUGCCAUCAACCACCUCAAGUGGCAUCAUCAGCACAUCACCUACGACAUCCAGAACUACACGCCCAAAGUCGGCGAGUACGAGACCCACCAGGCAAUCCGGCACGCAUUCGACGUGUGGCAGGCGGUGACGCCGCUCACCUUCACACAGGUGUCUGGUCGCGACGGCUCCGGCAACGACGCCGACAUUAUAAUCUUCUUUGCGUCGGGUUACCACGGCGACCGCUCGCCCUUUGACGGCGUGGGCGGGUUCCUGGCGCACGCCUACUUCCCCGGGAAGGGCAUCGGAGGGGACACCCACUUCGACGCCGACGAGCCGUGGACGCUGGGGGGGCACGACUACACCGGUAACGACCUUUUCAUCGUCGCUGUGCACGAGCUGGGCCACGCGUUGGGCCUGGAGCACUCCAACGACCCGUCGGCCAUCAUGGCGCCCUUCUACCAGUACAUGGACACGGAUGACUUCCAGUUGCCCUACGACGAUUUGCUGGGCAUCCAGCAGAUCUACGGUCCCCCGACCCACCCGCGUCCGUCAGUGUCUCCGGGUAAACCGAAUAAGCCCAACAAACCCAAGCCGCCCAAAACGAAACCGGGACAGGACGUGCCGCGACCCGGCUCGCCGCCCGACAUCUGCAAGGGCGGCUUCGACACGAUCGCCAUGCUGCGCGGGGAGAUGUUUGUGUUCAAGGACCAGUGGUUCUGGCGUGUCAAGGACAAGCGCGUUCCGGAAAACUACCCUAUGCCGAUUGGCCACUUUUGGCUGGGCCUGCCCAACAACGUGGAGUCGGCGUAUGAGAGGGGUGACGGAAAGUUCGUCUUCUUUAAAGGCAGCAAAUUCUGGGUGUUUGACGAGUCCGUGGCGGAGUCGGGAUACCCCCGCAGCCUCUCAGAGCUCGGCAGCGGCAUCCCCAACGAUCAGAUUGACGCGGCCGUGUGGUGGGAGCCCUCGGGCAAGACUUACAUUUUCCGCGGAGACAAGUACUGGAGGUUCAACGAGGAGAGUCUGACGGCUGAGUCCGGCUACCCCAAGUCCAUCAGCGUGUGGGAAGGGAUACCAUCGUCGCCGCAAGCUGCCUUCCUCGGCUCGGAGAGCAUGUACACGUACUUCGUGAAAGGCAACCUCUACUGGAAGUUCCACAAUCAGAAGCUCAGGGUGGAGCCCGGCUACCCACGCUCAGUGCUCUCCGACUGGCUGGGAUGUCCGGACACAGGGAAAGACGCAGGAGGCGGGAAACGCGAACGAGAAAAGAAGAAGGAGAGGGAGCGUGCGAGGGAACGGGAGAGGGAACGUGAGAGGGAGCGGGAGAGGGAGCGGGAGAAAGGCACCGACAGGGAUAGAGAUGCAGAUCGGGGCAAGGGCACGGGAAAGGACGACGUGUAUGACUACUAUGACCAAGACGUGACCAAGAACAAGGUGGAGGAUGAGGUGCACGUGGUGGUGGAGGAGGUGGAAGGUGGCUUCAACCACGUGGCUCUAAUCAUCUGCCUGCUGCUGCUGCUUUGCGUCGUCAUCGCGCUGCUUGCCGUGCUCUUCAUCAGGAGGCGCGGCGCCCCCAAGCCCAUCCGCUACUGCAAGCGCUCGAUGCAGCAGUGGGUGUGACGGGUGGGCCACUCAGAUUGGGUUCUCACAAGUUGGCCGCCUGCUAUGGUUGCUCGCACUUAGGUUAGCGAUGGAGGCCCAGAAAAAACACAACACACCCGCCGGCAGCCUCAGGGCGUCUGCGUUAGCUUUGUCACGUGUCUCUUGCAAUAAAAUGUAGGCUUUUUGAAAGUGAAAACAGGUUUCUUUUUUUAUAUAUAAAUAUAUAAGUAGACAUGCCUCGCCAAGCUGUGAAUGCUUGCUGCCAAUUGGCCACGUGGUCACUGAACUCUGGUUCUCGUUUAUCCACCGGAGCAUCGAGCAGCCCCAAUACCUCUCUGAUGGUCUCAUUGUACUCGAGGACUCCCUGGGUCGGCUUUUCACGCUUGGACCCCAAUGCUUACCAGACAAUUGCACUUAAAUCUGCGUUGCAGGGGAUUACAGCUUAAUUACCCAAUGCUCUGGUUGAAUGUGCUGGCUGUGGGUUAAUCAGCUGCUUAGCCUUUUAAUUUAUGGGUGCUUAAAAUACAAAUCAAAGUUGCCUGAUUUUGGGGGGGGGGGGGGUUUAAGUUUUUAGUUGGCAAUUAUGCUUGCUCCUGCAGAGCAGUGUGCAAGCACUCAGUAUUUUUUUUAUUUUGUUUUAAACCGUCGUCACGCUUGCUGAUAGGCAGUUGCCUCGGCAAAAAGGGAAACUUGCAGAUUUUAAGUCACUUUUUACCAACGUAAAUAAAUUAUUAAAAAUGUCAGUAAUUAAAAUUAACAGCUCUUGUUUUGGCUUAUUUUUUCCAUAAACGAAGUGACCAUUCUAAAAGCACACACAGUAGAUUCCAGAUGACCAUUCUCAGAUUUCAUCGUUGGUGUGCUCAUGAAGAUAAACAACCACUUAAUAUCUUAAAAUUGUAUUGCAGUUGUGCCUUUUGCCUUUUUUUAAUACACUAUAACAUCACAUCACUUUGGAUUACAUCCAUGAAUUAACAAAUUGUUUCUCAGCCGAGGGAAUAUAAUGAUUUAUAUACGACACAUUUUUGUUUCAUGCGUCUAGUGUCUCAUAGUUUUUUUUUAGUUCUCUAUGUGUGUUUUAUUUUUACAGAUUGGGGUAUUUCUUUGCCAAUUUGGGAUUAACAAUAGGUGUAAUGAUAUAUGUUAGCAUAAGCAUUCAAUCCGAAAUCAAUUUAAUUGCUAUGUAUCAUUUUUUCCACUAUUACUUUAAUUUUGUAUUUGUCUUGUUGAUGUAAAUGAAAUGAGCUCAAAUUUCAUGCUGGUCAUGUGUUGUAUUGUAUGACCAUGUUUUACAGACUUUUAAAACAAAACACUUGACGUUUAGAUUACAGCAUACAGUGUACGCCAAAUGGCUGAGGGCCCGACUAAGGAGGAACUGCCAAGAGCUAUGAGCGUCAGUCCAAAGUGCUCGGGGUCUUCCGUACAGCAUCACUGCCUGCAUUGUGCCAGAGGAAUUUUUCUUAAAAGGGCUCCAGUAAGCUCAUCUUUGUUCACAACCCUUGGACGGCAUGAUUAAUGAAAAUGCGAUCAGAGUCAUACAUCGAAUACGUUAAGUGCCGAAUCCCCUAAAAUUACCCCCGACCAAGAGGCCGUCGUGACCCAGAUUCCCAUAAUGAAAUGCUCGUCCUCCUUGGCUAAUGAAUGCUGUACUAAUGCCCUGGAGUACCGGUGGCUGACCCUCGCGGAUCGUGCUUUUACGGUGAUUACUUAGGAAAUGGAAUUGCUUUGUCUGCAGGACAGGCGAGCUUUUUGUUUGUGGUUAGCCUUGCACUGUUGGGAUAUUGGAGUUCCUGUGUACUGCACUGCACAAUUACGUGCCCCGUCGUCGGCACAGCCGUGCGUUAUCACCCGCUGGGUCUCUGUGCCGAUACAAUGGUCCACGGUCGUUAGAAAUCCGCGGCCGUGCAGAUCUCCAAUUUUGGGGUCGACGGACCUAACCUCUGGAGAAACUGGAAGCAUGGCCGGGUCUGCAGAAGUUCCGAGCUAAAACAGGCGGCAGUGACGUGGCGAUGCGCAGCAGGCGCGAGCGCAAGCCCUGGAGGGUCAGGAGGCAACAGGCUGUCUGGUGUGGGGGGCAGGCGAGUGAGGUGGCAGCAUUUCUAUGAGGCCGUAAACCACCCACCCAGCCACACUCUUGGGCAACGACACAAUGAGCUAGAGCAAUAUAAAUCCACCGAAGCACUACCUUGAUGAAACAAAACAAGUUACGAUACUAUUUUUUUUUAAACCUGUACUGUACAUGAACAGCCCCUUUUUUCAAUCCACUACUGGGCGAGGGCCUUCCCAAGCCGUGCAAGUCGCGGGGGUUAUUUCACCCAUACUUGACCACACUGGUCAGUGCGGGUUGGUGAAGUUGGGGAGCUGAGACGUGAGAGCAAAUAAAUACACUAAAAUUAAUAUUGUAACAUGUUGCCGUGAUGUGCAUUUGUAGAGACUGAAUGUUUAAUUGAUAUCUGGUUGGCACACACCUCUGCAUACGUGCAGGUGGGCAAGUGUAGGGUGGUAUACUCGGGAGAAGCCCUAUGGCCUUUUUCAUACAACACCCAAAGUAUUUUCCCCUUAGUUUGCUCUGUAUAUAUGUAUGUUGAACGUCUUCCACACUACGUAGCCAACCGUGCUAAUCGGAGGUGCGGGGGAAGGACAACAAACCAAAUACAAAAAGCAUUUAUAAAGAAAUUAGUUUUCAAUCUUGAUAAAAAAAAUGCAUAGCUCCAGUGGCUUUGCCUUAGUGUGAACUAAGGCAAAAUUUCACUGAAUUAAUUGUAUGCAACUGGCCACUGCUGGGCUCUUGUGCAUCUGAACAUGAGGAUAAUGUAGCACACUUGUAAUUUGUUAUGCAAGCGAGCGACCUUAUGCCAUGUCUGCUUUUGUUUGGCCAUUUUUUUGGCUGUCAUCUAUGUCCCGCUCGGCUUUGUACGGCCAGGGUGGGGUUUCUGUCGUUUCUGUUGUCUCAUCAGCCGGCGUCGUCCCGUGGGUAUGGGCAGCACCUUCCCUCCUGGAUAAAACUCAGAGCCUUCCUGUGCUACUCUCCUCGUGUUGAACAGCGUGCUACUCCGUCGAGCUGAUACCACGAAUGUUAACGAUCCCAAAAUGUUAUCAUGUUAGCGGCACGCCCCGUGACUGAUUAAAGUACUGCUUGCCCUUUGAAAUUGGGCAGUUAUUUGUACCCGGACCGUUUCGUUCCUCUUUCGUGGGUCAACCUGACUUCGACGAUCGAAUUGGAAAUAGAAAUGGGUGAUGACAGAAACAUAGUUGUUGUAAACGUUGCACUUUUACAAACUCCGCAGUUUAUAAAAUUCACCUAUGACCUUGCAAACAAUGGGACAAUCCAUAUAGCAUGCAGAAACAUGCAAAUCUUUAACCUUAACACUACGUACGGAUUGCCUGCGUUAAGAAAAUAAAAACGGGAAUUAUCUACAAGGAGGGAGGACCUUUUUCCGACCGCAGGUAAUGAGGUGGUGGGGCCAGCAUGGGGAUGGAUCCCAGAUUUGGGCCCCCGUCUCAUCGUUGAGGGCCCCAUGAUGUGGUCACCUCUGGUCGAGGCAGCCCGAGGGUGGCAGUGAAAAGGCCGUGGUACGCUGCUGCCGCUGCAUGCUGCAAAUCCCCUGUUCCCCCUUCUGCAGUAAUGAAACAAUACAAGUCUGAGUUUUAACACUAAUUGUUUUUAUUGUAAUCACGUUAUGCAUUUCCUUGGGGAAUGGUCUACUUUUGGGACUACAUUUGUUUUUAAAUUCAUCUAUUAUUGCUGUUUUUUAUGUAUCCUCAUCUUCACCUUCCUGCAGAUUAUUUGUUCAGUAGAAUCGUGGGUGUGGGUAUUAGAUGUUGCACAUACUUUUUAAUAAAGGCAAAAGUCAUCAAAAAAA